AACAACACUUGAGACGCAUAUGUGAUGAUAGUGUAUGUAUAUUUAAAGAGUGGAAUUCAAAAACCAGUCGUCUCUUGGAGGGAGAGUGGUAUUUCCACAUGGAAAGACGGAGAGUUCAAUAUAAACCCAAAACGCCAUUGAUUUCUGUAGACAGGAAUCAGAACUUUUUCAACACCUGUUUAUUCAUCACCUUCAAUUCGUCACCCUUUUCUUGGCCACUAUCUAACCACCCCCUUAUCACCAUUUUUAUUUUUCUCUCUUCUCUCCCACAUCCGCUACUCUUUCUUCACCUUUCUCAAUGCUAACCCUAGUUACGUAUGUCUGGUCUAGUUUGUCACCGAACUAAAAGAUCUCAACUUGUAACCCCAACCACAUGAAUCCACAUUGCACUUUUUACUUAACCAAACCCUAACCCAGAAACCCUACCUUGUUCUCUUUCUACCUAGCAAGAUUUUUCUUCAUACCCAUCACCCAAAGCCAUUGUUGUCACUUUGUGAGAUGAUCAUUAGGGUAAUGUGAGUGCUAAUAUAGUAACAUUAAUAUGGGUACAAAAGAUCAAACAAGAAGAAGGAAUGGAAGAAGAACAAAUGUCAAAUGAACCAGGUAGUGUGAAGUAUGAUCAUCAAAUGCCCUUGCUAAAAAUAGAAAAAUAGAAAAGCCCACUUCAAAGAAAAGAAUCACCCCAUUAUUCACCCACCCACCUCUCUGCUUCCAGCUUUCUCUCUAAACCCCUCCAUUUCGUGAUUGCCCAGCGUCGAUCACCGGUAGUGUUUCGAUCUGAGCAGGGCAGAGAGAGACACGGAAAUCCAAACACACUCACUGUCUGAGACUUUAUCUUUUUCUUUUCUUUUAUAUAAGGAAAGUACACAGAGAGAAGAAAAAAAAAGAAAAAGGAAAGAAAACGAAGGUUGUGGUAAGGCUAAUGAUGAUGGAACAAGGGGCGGGUCAUGAGAAACCCGAGGCGUGUGCUUGGAUGGCAGGUGGAGAGGGUGUUACUGCGGAGGGGGACAAGGCCCGUGAAUGGUCGGAUCGGGGCGGGAUGACCCGUAGUCAUGACCUUGUUGCUGUGGUUGGUUUUGGUGUCAUAAGGAAGAAAAGGAUGCCCAGACAGAGGAGACCAUCUUCUUCCAUCAACCACCUUUUCUCUUUUUCUACUGCUACUGCUGCUGCUUCCUCUUCCUCUUCCUCUUCCACCACCACUUCGCACGUGCCUUCCCCCUCGCCUCUGCACCACCUUCCCUCUUUCCCCGCACGUGUAAUUGAUCAAAGGAGAUUGAGUUUCCUCUUUCAAAAGGAACUUAAGAACAGUGAUGUAAGCUCCCUGAAGAGGAUGAUACUCCCAAAGAAAGCAGCUGAGGCACAUCUCCCUCUCCUGGAGUCGAAAGAAGGAAUUUUUAUCACCAUGGAUGACUUGGAUGGUCUGCAUGUUUGGAGCUUCAAAUACAGGUACUGGCCUAAUAACAAUAGCAGAAUGUAUGUACUUGAAAAUACCGGGGACUUUGUUAACACGCAUGGAUUACAACUUGGAGACUUUAUUAUGGUAUAUAAGGACAAUCAAAACCAGAAUUAUGUCAUUCAGGCUAAGAAGGCCUCCGAUCAAGAUGUAUAUGCUAAUAUAACUAGCACUGCUGUUAAUGAUAUCUUUCUUCACGAUUAUGAGUUUAACAAAUCCAGUUUCUUUUACAUGAAUUAUCCAAUGGUGGACAAUACCGGCUUGUCAUUUAUCUAUGACACCACCAACUUCUCCGACGACUCACCACUUGAUUUUUUGGGUGGAUCGUUGACUAACUAUUCAAGAAUCGGACAUAUGGAAAGCUUUGGAUCCGUGGAGAGCUUGUCGCUAGAUGAGUUCAGUUAGGCUAAUUAUUAAUAAUGUUUGUCAAGGUAAGUGCAUUUUGUUAAACGAACAUGGUAUGCACUACCUGAAAGUAUAAGAUCGAAUGGAGGGUAUGAUGAGAGACUUCAUACUUCACUAAGGAGUGUAGUUUUUCAAGUGCCCUAUAAUUGUAAUAAAAGGUAGCUUGUGUUACAA